AUGGGCGGGGUCUCUACUAUUGGUGGAAAGCUAGAGACGGCUCUUAUUUCAAUAUCAGGUCAACCACCGAUUGGCGAUUGCAUUCUUUCCACCCUUGCAUUGGUAACAUCGUUCAGCACCCUCAUCUGCUCCAGACCUUUCUCCUGGAUAAUGCCUCGGAUCCUACACUCGCUUCUCCUCUCUCUCGUUCUCGCUGUGUUUCUUCUAUUUCCACGCCAAACUUCAGCCGGGGCAACCAAUACGACAUUCGACGAUACGGAUAGCAGUUUUUCUUGGUGGGGGACAUGGACUUCGAUAACUCCAGCAUCUCCAUGUUCGGGUUGCGCCUCUCAACCCGAUACAUCUCGAACACGUGGCGGUACUUGGCACGACGGAAAUUUCCCGGCAGGGAACACAAACCCGACGGGGGGUUCUUUCACUUUCACUGGAUCAUCUGUAUAUAUUUAUGGAAUCGACCAAUGGAACAUUCAGGCCGACAUUGUCUUCACUCUUCCUCUCGCUAGUGGGAAUGUCGUCUCUACACAUCAUUAUUCCGGAAACGAGAACUACGUCUAUUCCGUGCCCUUUUUUUCGGCUUCAGGGUUCCCUGAGAAGACUUACGCCGUUACUUGGGUUCUGGAUACCCACCAAAGCACGGGAGUGCAUGUCCAAGUAGCCUUGAUCGACUAUGCUAUUGUUACUGCGGGUGUAAACAGUGAAGCUGCUCCACCCCCGACAACUGGCGGAUCGCCGAGCACCGGAACAAGUCAAGAACAAACGGGCACCAAGCCACAGCCCAGUGGAACCGAUUCUCAGCCUGAGGCUGACUCCACACGUCGAGCGUCCUCUACUCCCAUCUCAUCUUCUCAUUCUCCAUCGGGUCAACCCUCCUCGAUCAGUCGCUCGAAGAUUUCAUCUCCAUCGAUAUCCAGCCCUGUCUCUGAGAAUAAUCCCUCUCAAACCAGUUCUGAACUUGCUGGGCACGAUCAUCGCCGAGGACUCGCAAAGAUUCUGGGCCCACUUUUCGCCGCGGUUGCGGUCUUGGUCCUCCUUUUGUUCCUGUGGUACCGCAGGCGGAAUCGACAGACACGAGGCCGCAUGGGAGCGGUGGACCAGCCUUUUCAUCGCAUGCUGCAGGGCUCUGACAUUAAUCUUGUCAGCAGCGGCUUCGUUGAUCCUCGAAAUGCCAUCGAUAAUCUCAUUCCGCUGUUUCCACAGAGCCAAGGAAAAUCAGAGAAUGACGCGGCAGCUGUUUCGACAACUCGAGAAGGUGUACAGGCUCUUGACAUACCUGGCAUUAGCCACGAAACUCGAAUGGUAUCACCCUCUCAAACGGACUCUGUCGAUGUGCGUCUACUGGCCGAACGGAUUGCGGAGCUGGAGGCAAGAGUAAAUGGGCAAACACUGCUGCCCGAUCCGGAACUUGAGCAUCCACCGCCCUAUUUUGGAAGCGCCAUGCGUGCUUCGGACCUCGGUUGA